UUCUUGAGUGCUCUCCUGGUGGACAUCAGAUCCUGCAGAGCCCUUACCGAAGCGUCGAUUUCGAUUCAUCCCACCUCCAGCGAUCGGCCAUUCAGGAGUUAAUAUGUGACCAUUCCCUAACACCGGGAUGGUAUCGCUUUAUGAUUUUUGACAAGCCCGCUGAGAUGCCCACCCAGUGCGUGGAGAUGAAUCACUGUGGCACUCAAGCCCCUGUCUGGUUGUCUCUGAGGGAGUCGGAAUCCAUGCCUCGACCCGGGGAGAUCAAACAGUUAACAGCUUGUGCUACGUGGCAGUUUUUCUUCAGCGCUUCAAAAGACUGCUGUCUCUUCCAAAUCCCUGUGAGUGUGAGGAACUGUGGAGAUUUCUUUGUUUACUUGCUGCAGCCCACCCAAGGAUGCAUGGGGUAUUGUGCAGAAGGUAACCUGUCUCCAUCAUCUCCAUCUGUGUCACCACCACUACCAGCCGUUCCUGAAGUUGUAGCAGAACUGAUCGAAGGCAACAUUUACCUGAGAUGUACCUUUGGUGUUCCUUUUGCAAACAGCUCAGUCAGAUUCAUUGUAACUUGGUCACGGCUUUCUCCUGAAGGUAUCAAAGAAGAAGUGAGACGUGAAACAGCAGUUCAUGCCUUCUCACUGCUACAACUAGAUGGGAUUAGCAUCAAGCUUGGAGACAGAGUCUGCUGCAGCAGUUCCGCUUUUUUCACGGAUAUGCCGGAUAUACAAAGCUCUUCUGUUGAGAGCGAGGAAUUUUUUGCAGGCAUUAAGAUACAUCCAGAAACAUAUGAUAUAUCAGAAGAUGGGAAAGAAUACAAACUGACAAUAGAAAGCAGCAUUCCUAUUCUUUGUCCUGAGUUUAGCCAGCUUGAAAGUGACUGCAAAAUCUCACUAAUAUUAAAUACUGUUGAUGAAGGUAAAGAGCAGUUAGGUUUAAACUUGGCUCUUUCUUCAUGUCACGUGGAUCUUCUUCAGAAACCGUGCAAUAACGGAAUCUGUAGCCAAGCUGUAAUUUAUUUCACUGCUGUCACAGACUUUAUGCAGGAUGGAGACAGAAUUACCAGAAUUGCAGUCGAACCUAUAUCCAGUGAGAAUUUCCUGUGGAAUGGCUACGUUCCAGAAAGCACACAGAUCAUGGUAAAGGAUCUACCCACUGCCUACUGCUACUCAUUUACUGACCCUCAUAUAAUUACAUUUGAUGGAAG